GGGAUGGGUGCUGCCGCUGUGCUGAGUCCUGACUGGGUCACCCAUUGCUGCUGGGCUGUCUGGGCUAGGCUAUAAAACAGAGCCAAGGCAGCGCAGCUGGCUCAGAGACCAGACUGAAUUCUGCAGACGCGAGGGACCCACACGCAGCCUCUGCCUCCUCCUGCGUUGCUGUUUUUCCUGGAAUACAGAACCAACCUCCAGAGCAAGAUGUGCAAGGGACUCGCUGCGCUGCCAGCCACUUGCUUAAAAAGUGCCAAAGACAUGAAGCAUCGUCUGGGCUUCUUGCUGCAGAAGUCAGACUCCUGUGACUACAGCUCUUCCCAGGGCAAGAAGGAGAAAAUAUCUUCAAGCCAGAGGGUUAGCCAAGAAGAAGUCAGAAAGUGGGCGGACUCUUUGGAAAACUUGAUCCAUCAUGACAGAGGACUGGCAGCUUUCCGUGCCUUUCUCAAAUCUGAGUACAGUGAGGAAAACAUCGAGUUCUGGGUCAGUUGUGAGGACUACAAGAAAACCAAGUCACCAUCCAAGCUCAGCACCAAGGCCAGAAAGAUCUAUGAUGAGUUCAUCUCAGUGCAGGCAACAAAAGAGGUGAACCUGGAUUCAUGCACACGGGAGAAGACAAGCCACAACAUGCUGGAGCCUACACUGUCCUGCUUUGAUGAAGCUCAGAGAAAAAUAUUCACCCUCAUGGAAAAGGAUUCGUACCGCCGUUUCCUCAAGUCCCCCUACUACCUGGACUUGGUCAGCCCACCUGCUGCUGGCUGUGAGCCCGAAAACUGCAGAAGAAGCCACACUCACACCUUAGACUGCAACUCUAACAUCAUCUCCCAGUGCGCCUGAACCUGCAGCAAGGCAGGAGCAGGCAGGGCUCUUGCAGGAAUAUACGGCAGCAAAAGCAUUCAUUGGCAUGAAGCAGCAGAGCUGUCUCCAAUAGCUGUCUAAUGUCCCAGUUGUAUCCCAUGUCAUGCAACAGCCAGCAUUGUAACCCAAGCCAGGCUCAGUCUGUGUAGCAAACCCUCCUCUGACUCCAUCGGUAUAGGAGCCCUGGAGUCUGUGUCUGACAGGAAAGCUGAGUGCGGUCCUUGUGUGUUCACUGUGUUUCUGGUGAGCCCUGCAAGCCCAGGAGGGUGGUGGGGAGCACUCAUUCAGGCCCAGCAUUAUCCACAGGGGACCAGUCUUGCAGUGUUGCAGUGUGACACUUAGCAAAGAGCAGGGGAAUGAGGAAGCCAAGGGAAGUGUUGGGGACUGUGAUCUCCCCUUUCUAAUUGGCAAAAGCUUAGAUGAAAAGGACUUGCUCUGGUCCUUAGCAAUGUGAAGCUCUCCCCUCUGGCCACUUCUCCCUCUGUAACAUCUAGUUAAUGCUGGCCAAGGAUCUUUCCAAGGAGUGUACAAAGCUAUUGUUUUGGGAGAGGUUCAUUAUUUUGUAUAUUAUUGUGUCCCUCAUGCUCCCAUGUUAAACACUGUAGCAGAGCAGAACAGAAACAUGUUCCUUCUCUCCCAGAUGGACAGGGGUGUAUUUCUGACUCUGGGAGCGCCAUUUGAAUUUAGGUUCAUCUGCCCUGGCUUGUAAGGAGCAGUUUGUGAGGGAGCAGGACCACAACCACAACAGCUGGGGGAGAAAGACCCUGCUUGGGAGUACUUGAAAAUGUCUUUUUUUUCUUU